AUGUCUACCAGGAAAGUCCGAGUCAAGAAGUUGAGCGUCAAGACGCUUCUUCCUGUGCUCAGAGAGGAUGAUAUCGACGCUGCAGAGUACGAAUCUUUGACCACCGAAACCCAGAUCGCGACCGGUGUCGAAGCAGCCGAGGAAACAGAAUACCAUCUCCAAUCCAUCCUCAAGGAGGCCGGUACUAGCAAUGACCAAGAAAUUCCUGUCCCGCCUCCUCAGGAGAGCCAGAUCAACUAUGAUCUGCUUUAUCCCAGUCACUUCCAGCAGCCCACCUCUUACAUCCGUUUCUCGCAAACUGUUGAGGAAUGCAUAGGAGUUUCCUAUGAUAUGACAACAGAAGACGAUGAAUUCCUGAAGCAGUACAACUCCACCAAAAAGACCGUCGCAUCUCAGCUGUCAGAAGAUGAUUUCGAACGCAUUAUGGAAGUGUUCGAGGAGACUGCCUCUGAACAGACCCCAUUCGCAUCAAUAGACAACACCGUGGUUGGCUAUGAUUUGAUGGUCCCCUCACUUACCUCGCUUGGUAGCAACAAGCUGAUGGCACAUGCCAAGCAUGUGUAUGAGCACUGGAAGUCGCGCAGGCAAGCGCUUGGCAACAAGCCUAUCCAUCCCAGCGUAAAGUUUGAGACGCACCAGGAGAGCGAUGAAGCCGACCCCUAUGUUUGCUUCAGACGUCGCGAGGCUAGACAAACGCGAAAGACAAGGCAGAGAGACGUCCAGAGCGCCGAGAAACUCAAACGACUUCGCAGAGAACUCGAGGAUGGACGACAACUCAUUAUCCAGUCAUAUGAGCGGGAGAUGCUCAAACGUGAGCUCCUCACCUUUGACCGCGCGAUAUUCGAGCAGAGGGCCAAGCUUAAGGAGAUGAAGGUCAAGCUCGGUAUCAAGACCGAGGACGAAGACCUCAUCAACCACAAGAAGAAGCCCGCAGAAGUGCCAGCUCUUCAAAAGCCACCUGGCAGCCAUCUUCGCAUUGCUGUGCGUCCAGAUGGUCGGUCCAUGGAGGCAGACCUAUUGCAGCUGGCGGAUAAGCUUGCUGAAAAGGAGAAUGAGUUGCGAGCGGAUGUUGAAAGCAAGGUCCACAACCACAGGAAGUGGAACCAGAACCAUGUGGAUCUCACCAGAGAUCCCCUAUCCCCGGUCAAGGAACAGGGUAUGGAGGCCAGCUUCCGACCCGCCAAGACCCAGUACCUUAUGACGCCCCCGGCGUCCACAUCAUCUGAGUCGGACGCCAUGGACGUUGAUGAUGAGACAGAACCAGUUGCUGAUAGGGGCAUCAUGUCGGUGUUCCAAUUCAAGGCGGGCGGUAAGGAGAAACCCAUCAGCAACCAGCCGGCGUUCCGUCGACGUAUCGGACGGCUGGGUCGUUUGUGGAUCGACCGUCGCGGAAUGACAACGCCGCCAAGAAUGGAGGGUGAGGAGUACACCGAUCGAUGGAAGUAUGACCAGGACGACGAGGACGAGACGCCCGUGUACGAGGUCGACCCGUACGACACACGGGCGUUGAAGUUCCGGGCUACCAUCCCGUUGUCGCAGUACGUCUACCAGCGCCGGCAACUUCCGCAUGAGGGCGCGGUCAACGGCCAGGUACCUCCGCAAGCAGCCGGAGUAGCUGGCAGCAGACCGGCAUUGCCGCAGCCCCCGACGCCGCAGGCGCAAGUGGCACUACAGCAGCAGCAACAACUGCAGCAACAACAGCGGCAUCCAUCGCAGUCGUCGCCGCCGGCUCAAGCCGCGCCAGCUCAAGCUGCCGCCUCAUGA